UGGUGUAACAGGCUGCAGCAGGUUACUCCUAACAAACAAAUAUAAAGCAGUGAAACACCUCUUAUUUUGAAGCCAACUUUUAAGAGCUAUUAAGUUUAUCGAAAUCGUAUUUUCUGAAAAAAUGGAUCCUGCACUUUUAAGGGAGCGAGAGCUCUUCAAAAAGAAAGCAUUAAGCACCCCAACAAUCGAAAAGAAGAAGAAAGAUGAUUCCAGUUUUAUGCCUAAAGAAGAGCCUAAAAAGAAGCCCAAAGUUUCAAGCUCCAGCUCAAACAUCAAUUACAAGUCUAUGACAGGGAGUUCACAGUAUAAAUUUAGCGUUUUGGCUAAAAUAGUCAAAUACAUGAAAACUAGACACCAAGAGGGUGACGACCAUCCGUUGACUUUGGAUGAAAUUUUGGACGAAACAAACCAGCUCGACGUGGGAUCCAAAGUUAAACAGUGGCUGCAGACAGAAGCAUUAGUAAACAACCCUAAAAUUGAAGUAAACACAGAAGGAAAAUUUUUAUUCAAAGCACCAUACCGCAUCAGAGACAAAAAGGGCUUACUCAGACUUCUGAGGCAACAGGAUUUGAAAGGCUUAGGAGGAAUAUUGCUGGAAGAUGUUCAAGAAUCUCUGCCUCACUGUGAAAAAGCACUCAAAAGUUUACAAAAUGAAAUCAUAUACAUCGUUCGUCCGAUUGACAAGAAGAAAAUCAUGUUCUACAAUGACAGAGCGGCCACUCUUGGAUUAGAUGAGGAAUUUCAAAAAUUGUGGAGAUCUGUCGCCGUUGAAAGUAUGGACGAUCAGAAAAUUGAAGAAUACCUCGAGAAACAGGGCAUAAGAUCAAUGCAGGACCAUGGUUUGAAAAAGCCCAUUCAGCCACAAAAGAGGAAAAAGCCUAGCCAGAGAAAACGCCAGUUCAAGAAGCCUAGGGAUAAUGAACAUUUGGCUGAUGUCCUAGAAACAUAUGAUGACAAAUAAUGCUGUUUCUCAACAACCUGACUGUAAAUAUUGAUAGAAAUUUUUAUUUUUAUAUAAAUAAAACAAAAACAAGCAGUGCAGAAUAAAGAAAUUGUGUCAGCAUGUAUUCCAUUAAAGUAAGCAUAAUUUAUUAAUUA